AUUACUUUGAAAGAUUUCCUGAGAUAUACGGACUAUGAUGUUUUAGCUCGAAAAAUGGGUUUAGCGACACUGUUGAUCCAGCGAUCUGGACUUCGUCUUCUUUCUCGUAAUGUGAAGGCUCGGUUUUUUGCCUCUGAAGCAACGAAGGAUGUGUCAAAAAUCAGAAAUAUUGGUAUAUCUGCCCAUAUUGACUCUGGAAAAACCACACUCACAGAGAGACUUUUGUUUUAUACUGGAAGAAUCAGUCAAAUGCAUGAGGUGAGAACAAUGGACUUUGAUUUGCCUUUAGAAAUGCUUUCAACAUUACCAAUCCUACUUUGCAGGAUGCAUCUCACAUGUGGACCUUGUAACAAUUGAGCUCACAGCAAAGUCUCUGUGACUCAGUAGUAGAUCAUCAAAGUGGUGAAUCUGAAGGUCUGAGAUUCUAUUCCUCACAAGGAUUCUAAAUUUUUUUUUAGUGCCAUGCUCAUGACUAGAGGAAAAAAAAAUCUUUCACUA